UAUCUUCAGUUACUUUUUGGGUUGCCUUGGUGCAUUUUGUGGUUAGGGUUCGGGCGUUGGUGCGUAUGUGGGUACGUAAUCGGGUGCCAAUUGCAUGUUCUUGCAGUCCGGAUCAUCCUCACCACAAGCAUUACGCUUAUCACCCAUGUCGUACAUCCAUGAUUGAGGUACCGGUUAUCAUUGAGUGCGACGAAGACUUUUGUCAAUCAUUUAUUGGCAAUAAUAACACAAUUGAUUACGGAUAUAGUCAUGAAUUUGAUGAUAACUCUUACGGCUAUUAUGUAUUCAUUAACCAAAAUCACUGGCGAUUAUUGACAGACAAUACAAGUGUCCGCUUGGAGUCGACCACUAGUCACACGAGUAAUUGGUUUGGAAAUGACUAUAAAAUGGCAUUCAAUGUGUGGUUUGAUAGGAAUGCCCCGAAUAUUGGUCAGCAGUGUUCAGCAAUGAAACUACCGGUGCUUUGUACCGGUCCUCUGUGUUUAUCCAAUUCAAAACUAUUGAUUGAUUGCAACCCAAUGAACCUAUGGAUCCAUUGGCUGAAGACUUUACCGGUUAAUGUAUUGGCACUUUCGGUCAUCUUUAUAAUGAUGUGCUUAGCCGUCAGACAUGUGAAUCAACAGAGAAUUCAAGAAGAAGAGCUCAGACUUCAUGGCAAGUAUCCAUUGGCUUUCAGUCAAUGGACACCCAAAGGAUAUAUUGAACCGAAAGUCAUGCAAUUAAUU